AUGGCUGGAACUACCCACCACCACCGAGCAACACUCAAACAGCAAAACAAACGAUUCAAAUCGAAACAUGCUACAAAAUCAUCUCUAAAAGAGGCUGCCAAAGGCCGUAUCCCCCGCCAAUCCCCAAAAACUUCACCAACCCAAACCCAAACCCAUUCCCAUUCCCAUUCCUCAUCCCAACUCCGUCUGAACCGUAAAAACGCAGCAAAACAAGCUCAAAUCAAAAAACGCAACGCUCUCAUCAGCGCUACACGGUUAUUUAACGGGGUCGAUGGAGCUCCUAGGAUUAUCGCUGUUGUACCUCUCACUAGGGACGUCAGCCCCAGUGGGACUGUGAAAGCGUUAGCAAGGGCUGGGGCUGGGGCUGUAGAUUUGGAGGGUGAGGGGCAGAAUGUCCCGGAGAAGGGGGUUUGGAAAAUGAGAGCCGACCGCUUCAAAACAUCCCUCCAAUUCAUCACAGUCCCCUAUCGAGACUUUUACGGUGCCCUCGAAGCAUGUCGAGUAGCAGACUACACCCUCCUCGUUCUUUCACCUACGAACGAAGUGGAUACUUGGGGGGAUACCCUGUUACGGACGUUACAGGCACAAGGGUUGCCUAGUGUUGUUACGGUUGUAGCUGACUCUGACUCCCCCUCUGACUCUGGGAGGGUAGAUCCCAAAACCCGAUCGGGGAUAUUAAAGUCGUUGCUUUCGUUUGUGCAGUAUUUCGUUCCUAGUCAGAAGAGAGUGUUUGAUUUAUGUGCGAGUUCGGAUUGUGUUGGGGCGUUGAGGGCGGUGUCGGAGGGGAAACCGGAGGAUGUGAGGUGGAGGGAGGGAAGAUCUUAUUUGGUUGGGGAGGAUGUGGAGUGGACGAGCGCGAGCGCGAGCGAAGGGGAGGGUGAGGGGGUUGGGGUUUUGAAGGUCACUGGAGUGGUGAGGGGAGCGGCGUUAUCUGCGAAUAGGCUGGUGCAUAUUCCUGAUGUUGGGGAUUUUCAGAUACUCAAGAUAAUGUCAGCACCUAUAACAAGACACUCGACGAAAAACUCCAACGCGAACGCCAACUCGAUGGAAGUAGAACCCACUCUUCUCGCCGAACCGGACGAAGCAUCUGCUGAUUCUCUGGUAUCCUCUAACGACCCAGAUGAUAUGGCUAAUGAGCAGACUUGGCCAACUGAGGAGGAGAUGAAUGGGGAAGAUAAAGGCACUGAUCCACAUACCGUUGUUGUUCCCGAUGCUCUUCAAGGAACGACACCAAAAUCAGUUCGCCGGGUUCCCAAAGGCACGAGUGCAUACCAGGCUGCUUGGAUUGUUGACGAUGAGGAAGAGGAUGAUGAGGAUAAGGAGAACCGGAAACGAGAGGAAGGGGUGGUGAUGGACCAAGACGCGGACGCGGACGUGCCAGAGGAGAUGGAAGAUCUACAAGUCGAUGAAGAUAUGCAGACUGAAACUGGGACUGACAUUCGCAAAAACGUGGCAUUUGAAGACCUCGAUAACGAAGAGGAAGAAAAACAACUUCAAAAAUGGCGAGAUCGCAAACGUGAAGAACAAGACGAUAAAAGUUUCCCUGAUGAGAUCGACACACCACAGGACGUGGCUGCUCGAACGAGGUUUCAACGGUACCGUGGUUUGCUAUCAUUCCGAACGAGUCCUUGGGAUCCGUACGAAAACCUUCCUCGGGACUAUGCUCGGAUUUUCCAGUUUGAGGAUUACAAACGUACAGAACGUGCUGUUCGUCGGAGGGCUGAACGAGAAGAAGGUGUGAUUGAGCCUGGAACGAGGAUAUCGAUACACAUCCGAAAUGUACCCCGAACUGUAGUUGAGCAGAAACCGUUGAUGGUGUAUGCACUGCAACAACAUGAACACAAGGUAUCUGUGUUGAACUUUACUGUUCAGCGGAACACGGAGUAUGAUGGAUCUGUGAGAUCCAAGGACGAACUCGUUUUAUGCGUUGGACCUCGGAGACUACGCGUGUCGCCUAUUUACAGUCAACAUACUCGUGGUGGGGGUAAAGGCGUGAAUAACGUGCAUAAGUUUGAGAGGUACCUUCGACAUGGUGCUACAUCUGUCGCUACGAUCUAUGGACCUGUGGUGUUUGGGAAGCAACCCUGUAUUUUGUUACGGGAGACGGCGGAUUCGCAAGCUCCACAGUUAGUAGCGAUGGGGACAUUCCUCGAUCCAGAUACGACACGGAUCAUUGCGAAACGGAUUAUAUUGACAGGACAUCCGUUCAAGAUACAUAAAAAGACGGCUACGGUGAGGUAUAUGUUUUUUAACCCCGAGGACAUUGACUAUUUCAAACCUAUCCAACUACAUACUAAACAUGGUCGAGUGGGACAUAUUAAAGAGUCUUUGGGGACUCAUGGGUAUCUGAAAGCGCAUUUUGAUGGUUCGAUAAACCAGAUGGAUACGGUGUGUAUGGCGUUGUAUAAACGUGUGUUCCCGAAGUGGGGGGUGAUGUGGAAUGGGAAUGGGGAUGGUGGGGAGGACGCGGAAUCGGACUCAAUGGCUAUGGAGGAGUGA